CGCCCACUGUGGUUAAACGACUACAAGAAGCUCCUAUCCCGGAGGUGUCGCCAGUUCGUAUUUGUGAAUAUAUUUCUACUGCUAUAAACACCAACAUGAGUGAUCCUUGGCAAGAGUGCAUGGACCAUUGCAUAGAGGUCACCAAACAAGCUGGGAAGAUGAUCCGCGAGGCGCUGCAGAAGGACAUAGCCGUCAUGCAGAAGAGCUCGCCGGUUGACCUGGUGACCGAGACGGACCAGAAAGUGGAGCAGCUCAUCAUAUCUUCCAUCAAGGAGAAGUACCCAACGCACAGUUUUAUAGGCGAGGAGUCGGUAGCAGCAGGCGCCCCCAGCGUUUUAACCGACAACCCCACUUGGAUCAUCGACCCUAUUGAUGGCACCACCAACUUUGUUCACAGGUUCCCGUUUGUGUCUGUAUCAAUUGGCUUCACAGUGAAUAAAGAGAUAGAGUUCGGGAUCGUCUACAGCUGCAUUGAGGACAAAAUGUAUACGGCACGGAAAGGAAAGGGAGCAUUCUGCAACGGAGUCCCUAUCAAAGUCUCUGGACAAGAAGAUAUUAGCCAGUCUCUGGUGCUGACAGAAAUGGGCUUCAAGAAGAAUCCUGAACAAUUUAAGACAAUGUUGGGCAACAUCAAGACCAUCCUUACCAUCCCUGUGCACGGUAUCCGCUCCCCGGGCAGCGCAGCCGUCAACAUGUGUCUGGUAGCGUGCGGUUCGGCCGACGCGUACUACCACAUGGGCAUCCACUGCUGGGACAUGGCCGGAGGGGCCGCGGUCGUCAGGGAGGCUGGAGGAGUCGUCAUGGACGUUUCAGGAGGACCGUUUGAUCUGAUGUCGCGCAGGCUGAUCGUCGCUAGCAGCAGGGUGAUAGCAGAACGCAUCGCAAAGGAGAUAACGGAGUUUCCCGUCGGCAGGGACGACACAGAGAGCGCGUAAAGUCAGAGUUAUGGAACAAGCCUCGAGUCCGUCUUAGCCUUAAGAGCCAAAAAACUAUACACUUACCUCUGAGGAACAUCUGAGCGGGUUUGUUAAAUAUCCAGAGCUGGGAUUGUCGUCUUUCUUUCUUUUUUUCUUUCGUUCUUGAUGGUUUUUGCUGAAAUUCAGCAAUUAGUCAUUCACAGAUGCUGUUGUACUGUUAUUUUCAUGGUGCGUUUUUAAUCAUUCAGACAAUCCUUAGUGUUUAUAUUUAUUUACGUGAGUAAUUGUGCCAGAAUAGAUAGACAGAUAAAUACCUCAACACAGUGCCGCCGAAUCAACAGUGUCCGUGUUUUGAUCAAUAAUUUGGAAUGUCCUCUGUUUCAUCAUACUGCACCAAACAUAUGCCCAAGAACACGGCCUGUUCUACAAAAGAAUGGUUCAAGUAGAACAAAGUGAAUGUUUUGGAACGGCCACGUCAAAGUGCGUACAUAUUGCACCACGCUCAGUAUGGUGCAAUAGAAGAUGACCAAGCUGGAAUCAUGUCCACAUCAGUUUCUGGCUGCGGUCAUCUUUUCAGACGUCUUGAGACAGACCUACUGCCUGUUCAGGUAAUGUUGGUUACAUAUUGUUAGCCCAGGUUCUAUGAGUGUACUAAAUUAUCAUAUAUUGGUAUCAUAGCUGUGCUGUAAAGUAAAGGGGACCUCCUUACCAAUAAUAUUGUUAUUUCAUGUGGGAUUUUUAACUGUUUAAUUAUCUAUAUAUGUGUGUGUCCUCACAUGUUUGCACUAUACAUAAUACAUACACAUAAUACAUGUACACAUGUAACUGUGUACGUGCAUGAACUGUACUGUAUCACCGCUUCUUUACCAAGUCCAAACUCAAAUGCACUGAUGGCGUUAAAAAUGCAAAACAAAUAAAAAGCUCUGAGUAUGUCAUACUCAUGAUCCUAUUAUUA